AUGGAGGAAGGCUACUGCACCGUGCCUGGCCUGGGAGUGACUUCGCCACGGGAUUUGCGACGGACCUACCACUCUGCAGUCUUCGCCCACAUGACUGACCCCUCCGCCGCCAAGAGCGGCUUCCCGCCCCCGGCCCCGCCCCCCGCCCCCCGGCCCCGGCCCACUUUCCCCCAUCACGCCACCCAGGAAACUGCCUUGGAGAAUACAUAUGUGCCAAUUGGGGAGGCAGAAGAAGCAAGAAUGUAUCUCAAAACUGAAGAUGUUUCACUUGCUCAACCACAGCCAACAAUUAUGAACAUACAGACUACCACAAACACUCCUGAUUUCCAUUGCAGCUGCAAACAAGGGCGCCAAAGGGAAAAUCUUCCAAGAAUUGCAGCUGAAAGAACUACCAUUCGAAUUUUGCAUCCUCCUGGUGGACCAUCUUCUGAAUGAUUUUGAUGGCUCAUUGAUUGUAUAUAAUUUUCUUCUUCAAAUGACCAUGCAU